CCCGUCAAAAACCGAGUAACAACACAACUGCCAUUUAUUUUUUUUACUCAAUUUUUUUCAUUUAGUUAUUGUUAUUGUUUAACUCAAAGUUUAAAAAGAUUUAUUAAAUAAUUACUGACUUGAUAGAAAAUAUUAAGAGCAAUAAAAAUGGGACGUAUUGUGACUGUUGCUGUUUGCACUCUCAAUCAAUGGGCAAUGGAUUUUGAAGGAAAUUUUAAAAAAAUAUUGGAAAGUAUCAAAGAUGCCAAGGCACAAGGUGCAACAUUCAGAAGUGGUCCAGAAUUAGAAAUAACUGGAUAUAAUUGUGAAGAUCAUUUUUUUGAAUCAGAUACAAUUUUACACAGUUGGGAAGUACUUGCAGCUUUAUUAAAAUCAAGUAUAUGUGAAGACAUACUGGUUGAUGUUGGAAUGCCAGUAAUGCAUAGAAAUGUAACAUACAAUUGUCGAGUUGCAUUUUUAAAUAGAAGAAUAGUAUUAAUAAGACCAAAAAUGCAAUUAUGUGAUACACAUAUGUAUCGUGAAAGUAGAUGGUUUUCAGCUUGGACAAAAGAAAAAACAGUUGAAGAUUAUUUAUUACCAGAUAUAAUAACACAAAUAACAAAUCAAAGAUUUGUACAAAUUGGUGAUGCUGUUAUAACAACACGUGAUACAUGUAUUGGUUUUGAAAUAUGUGAAGAAUUAUGGCAUCCAUCAAGUAAUAAUAUACCAAUGUCACUUGAUGGUGUUGAAAUAAUAACAAAUGCAAGUGGUUCAAUAUUUACUGUUAGAAAAUCAUAUAUUAUUGCUGAUUUAAUAAAUGCAGCAACUCAAAAAUGUGGUGGUUGUUAUAUGUAUAAUAAUUAUCGUGGUUGUGAUGGUAGUAGAAUGUAUUUUUCUGGUACAUCAAGUAUAACAUUAAAUGGUAAUAUAUUAAAACGUGGAAAACAAUUUUCAUUAAAAGAUGUUGAAGUUAAUGUUGCAACAUUUGAUUUAGAAGAUAUUAGAACAUAUAGAAAUUCAAUGAGAUCAAGAACCCAUACUGGUGCUAAAUCAAAACCAUAUCCACGUGUUAUUAUUGAUUUUAGUUUAUCAUAUGAUAAUGAUAAUUAUAAGCUAACAACAGAACCAAUUGAUAAUAAUUUAUUUGAUAAUGAAACAAUAUCAUUAACAUCAAAAAAAACAAAUAUUAUAUAUCAUACACCUGAAGAAGAAAUAUCAAUGGCACCAGCAGCAUGGAUGUGGGAUUAUUUACGUAGAUCAUGUCAAGGUGGUUUUUUUUUACCAUUAUCUGGUGGUAUUGAUUCAUCAUCAACAGCAUGUUUAAUAUAUUCAAUGUGUCAAAUGAUUGUUGAUGCUAUUAAUGAUGGUGAUAAACAAGUACUUGCUGAUGUACAAAAAAUUGUUGGUGAUUUUAAUUAUAUACCAAAUGAUCCAAAACAAUUAUGUAAUACAUUAUUAAUAACAUGUUAUAUGGCUACUGAAAAUUCAUCACAAGAUACUAAAAAACGUGCUGCUGAACUUGCUGCUGAUAUUGGAUCAUUUCAUCAUUCAAUUGUUAUUGAUAUUGCUGUUACAGCUGUACUUAAAAUAUUUCAACAAGUUACUAAUUUAGUACCACGUUUUCGUGCACAUGGUGGUUCACCACGUGAAAAUUUAGCAUUACAAAAUGUACAAGCAAGAUUAAGAAUGGUUAUUGCAUAUUUAUUUGCACAAUUAAUGCUUUGGGUACGUGGUAGACCUGGUGGUUUACUUGUACUUGGUUCAAGUAAUGUUGAUGAAGCACUUAGAGGUUAUUUUACAAAAUAUGAUUGUAGUAGUGCUGAUAUUAAUCCAAUUGGUGGUAUAUCUAAAAAUGAUUUAAUUAAAUUUUUACAUUAUUUUUCAAAUAAAAAUAAUUUUAAUUCAUUAAAAAAAAUUCUUGAUGCACCACCAACUGCUGAGUUAGAACCAUUACAAGCUGGUAAAGUUGCACAACUUGAUGAAGUUGAUAUGGGUAUGACAUAUAAUGAAUUAUCAAUUUAUGGUAAAUUACGUAAAAAUAAAUGUGCUGGUCCAUUUACAAUGUUUUGUAAAUUAUUACCACAUUGGAAUCAUUGUACACCAAAAGAAGUUGCUGAUAAAGUUAAACAUUUUUAUCGUUGUUAUGCUAUUAAUAGACAUAAAAUGACUAUUCUUACACCUUCUUGUCAUAUUGAAAAUUAUACACCUGAUGAUAAUAGAACUGAUCAUCGUCAAUUUUUAUAUAAUCAUACAUGGAAAUGGCAAUUUGAUGCUAUUGAUGAACAGGUAAAAAAAAUUAAUGAAGGUGAUACCAAUAAUAUGAAAAACAAAAAAACUGGCCCUGGAAUUCCACCAAAACCUAAACCAAGUAAUUUUUCUAAUACGAAAAUUCCGGGUGUAGUUGUUUGAUCAAAAUAACAUUUGCUAAAUUUUUAUUUUUUUUCUCAUCAACUCAUGCAGCUCCAAGGGAUUAUGGAAAAGUUGCUAGACUGGAUGUCUAAAUGAAAUUAUUAUCAUUCGAAAUAAUAGUAAGAAAGAACC